AAGAAGUUGCCGCUGAGAGAACGAUAUCGACUUCUUCGUUUUCAGUGAGAGCGAGAGUCGAUAAUCACAGGUGAAAAGCAAACAAGAAAAUGUCGGGAUGGGACGAAGGAGCAGUUUACUACAGCAAUCAAGCGCAGUUCACGGAAGCCUCCACGGAAGCAGAAGCGGCCGCAGUAUCCUCCACGACAAGCCGCCACUCCGUCCUCCUCAAAUUCAAGGAGUUCAUUAGGAACUUUGAAAAGGAGAAGAAUGUUUUUCCGUACAGAGAAAGCCUCGUUAAUAAUCCGAAGUUCCUACUGGUCCAUCUCGAGGACCUUCUCUCCUUCGAUUCCGAUCUCCCUUCCCUCCUUCGAUCCGCUCCCUCCGAUUACCUGCCUUUGUUUGAGACAGCGGCUGCGGAGGUUUUAGCGGGUUUGAAGAUGAAAGUAGUGGGAGAUUCAGGGGGAAUGGUGGAGCCACAGACGGGCGAGGUUCAAAUUUUGCUUACAUCAAAGGAGGAUCCGGUUUCUUUGCGCUCACUUGGGGCCCAAUAUAUAUCAAAACUAGUUAAGAUAUCAGGAAUUACUAUUUCUGCUUCAAGGAUUAAGGCAAAGGCUACUUAUGUGCAUUUAAUUUGUAAGAACUGUAAAAGUGCUAGGGUUAUUCCCUGUCGUCCAGGGCUUGGUGGGGCGAUUGUUCCAAGAUCAUGUGACCAUAUUCCACAGCCUGGAGAAGAAGCUUGCCCUAUUGAUCCAUGGCUUGUGGUUCCUGAUAAGAGCAAGUAUGUUGAUCAACAAACCUUGAAACUGCAAGAGAACCCAGAGGAUGUACCUACUGGUGAGCUUCCUAGAAAUAUGUUGCUUUCGGUGGACCGACAUCUGGUUCAAACAUUUGUACCUGGUUCAAGGUUGACAAUAAUGGGAAUCUAUAGUAUCUUUCAAGCUGCCAAUUCAUCCACUAACCAUAAAGGAGCAGUUGCAGUUAGACAGCCUUACAUCAGGGUAGUGGGAAUGGAAGAGACAAAUGAAGCAAACUCCAGAGGACCCGCCACUUUCACGCAAGAAGAAGUAGAAGAAUUCAAAAAAUUUGCUUCAAAUCAAGAUACAUAUAAAGUCAUAUGCUCGAAGAUUGCUCCCUCUAUAUUUGGUCAUGAUGAUGUCAAGAAGGCUGUUGCUUGUCUUCUCUUUGGAGGAGCCAGGAAAAAUUUGCCGGAUGGGGUGAGGUUAAGAGGUGAUAUUAACGUGUUGCUUCUUGGAGAUCCAUCUACUGCCAAGUCACAGUUUCUCAAGUUUGUUGAGAAGACGGCUCCAAUAGCUGUUUACACUUCUGGGAAGGGCUCUUCAGCUGCUGGUCUUACUGCUUCUGUUACUCGAGAUAGUAGCUCUCGAGAGUUUUAUCUUGAAGGAGGAGCCAUGGUUUUGGCAGAUGGAGGUGUUGUGUGUAUUGAUGAGUUCGAUAAGAUGAGACCAGAGGAUAGGGUUGCUAUUCAUGAAGCUAUGGAGCAGCAGACAAUAUCCAUUGCCAAAGCUGGAAUUACAACUGUUCUCAAUUCCAGAACUUCAGUGCUUGCUGCUGCUAAUCCUCCUUCAGGACGUUAUGAUGAUCUUAAGACGGCACAGGAUAAUAUCGAUUUGCAGACUACAAUUCUUUCAAGAUUUGACUUGAUCUUCAUUGUAAAGGAUAUCAGAAUGUAUGACCAAGACAAGGUUAUAGCAAGUCAUAUCAUAAAAGUUCAUGCCUCAGCUCAGACUGCAUCCAAUGAUAGUAGAACUCCUAAAGAAGAGAAUUGGCUGAAAAGGUAUAUUCAAUAUUGUCGAACAGAAUGCCAUCCUCGCCUUUCAGAAGCUGCAUGUGCUAAACUCCAGAGUGAUUAUGUUGACAUCAGAAGGGGAAUGAGGCAGCAAGCAAAUGAGACCGGAGAGAGUGCAGCAAUUCCCAUUACUGUGAGGCAGCUAGAGGCCAUCAUAAGGUUAAGCGAGGCUCUUGCGAAAAUGAAAUUGUCACAUGUUGCCACUGAAGGUGAUGUAGCUGAAGCAUUGAGACUUUUCAAAGUUUCCACCAUGGAUGCAGCACGUUCUGGAAUAAACCAACAUAUUAACAUAUCUCCCGAAAUGGCCAAUGAGAUAAAGCAAGCGGAGAACCAGAUAAAGAGAAGACUGGGAAUUGGAAAUCGCAUAUCAGAAAGAAGGCUGAUCGAUGAUCUUAUUAGAAUGGGGAUGAACGAAUCAAUUGUAAGAAGAGCCAUUCUAAUUAUGCACCAGAGGGGUGAAGUUGAAUAUCAACGAGAAAGGCAUGUAAUUGUCCGUAAAGUAUGAUGUUGCUGUAUUAUUAUUUGGAAACAAAAUUAUCACCGGAGCACUCCUUGAGCCCCAGGUUUUUACUGCAGGAUGA